AUGUCAAGGCGAUCGUCUACGAUAUCCGAUUCAUCUACUUCGGGCAUUUCGAUCAAUUCCUCAUCAUUGUCAUCGUCAUCAUCGUCAUCAUCAUCAUCAUCAACACAAUGUUCAAAGCCUCCACCCAUAUUCGUGAUUUAUCAACCAGCACAGCGUUUGGAGCCCUGUCCACGGCGACAUCAUAAUUUGGAUACAAAACGUCUGACAUUUCGGCAGAAUGUACAUCUUGCUCGAUUACAUUACCUUCGACAGAACAAUGUAUGGCGUCUUAUGUUCAUUGGCUGUUGUGUUCCAUUCUUUUUCAUCACUUCGAACAAAGUAUGGAUUGAAUAUGUCACACACAAGACUGUGGUGAACAUGGAAUUCCUCACACCCACUUUGGUCAAUAUUCCAUCCAUUACAUUGUGUGUUCGACUCAAAUUGAAUGGUUUUGAUGAAAAUAUGGAUUAUUUUCUGGACACUGAUCUAAACUUGCAUCAUCAAAAUCACAAUGGUUCACUAACGAUUAAUUCGCUUGCUUUGUCACAAGUAGUAGAACAAUGUAAACUCUUUUCCAACACUAUUAUUAUUGUCAACGAAUCGAUGCCUGUCUUUGAUUGUGAAUCGAUCGCACCGGUUGUCACCAGUUUCCAAUAUGGUCACAAAUGUUUCACCUAUUUUUCCGACAUUUAUGGUCAUUUAAGUCGAUUGCCGUUGGAUAAACGGCCAUUUUUAGAAUAUGACAUGUUUCCUUCUGUUCAAAUCAUUUUGUCACCACAGCUGAUGCGUAAAAAGAAUGGAACCAAAUUUUCCUUUGUCAUGGAUCACAUCGACAAGAAUCGAAGCAAUGCAUCGUCUCUGUUCGCCAUGAUACAUGAUAAUAAAAAUUUACCUUCCAUGCUGGAGAACAGUAUCCGUUUUGUGCUGCCCGAUAAUAGUAUGGCUAUUUUUUAUGGCGAAAAAAUCGAACAACUUAAACCAUCUCCAUUCGAUACAAAUUGCUUCGAAGGCUAUGAUUAUACAUUGGACGACAAAUUAGUCAACUGGAAUGGUCAACUAGCUCCCUUACCAAACGGAUUUCGUUCAUCAGGCGAAUGUUUUGUUCAUUGUUUAUCUGGACAUCUGAAUGAAGAAUGCAUCAAUUAUUACUCUCUACUCACUGAUCAAUGGAUCCGUCGUUGGUUACAAUACAAUCAUACUCGAAUGAUGCCUUUUUGUUCGCUCAAACAUAUGGCUUGUCAACAUUUUGGCUACUGGAAACAAUUGGACGAUUGCACGCGAAAAUGUCGUCCAUCUUGUCUACGCCGAUGGUUCACGAUGACCAAAGUGAAUAGCGAACCAUACAAUCAAACAUCAAUAACUUUGUUCCGUUCAAAUGAACCAUCCCAAUUGAUUGAACAUGUGGAAGCAACGUCUUUGGAAACAUUUCUUGGCAAUAUCGGUGGUCAUCUACAUGUAUGGCUAGGCAUAUCGGUAGUUGAAAUAUUCAACUACAUUAUCCGUGUCAUACGUCUUCGGCAAUUUAGUGGAAUACUAUGCUGUCUUUACAUAUUGUUUAAACGAUCAAGAAAUCCCUGACUACUAAUGGAUUGAUUGUUGUUUCUGUGUUUGUGUUUGAUGGACCAUCUGUCCAAUGAUGAUUGUGCCAUUU